AUCUAGGCCUGUCAGUGGUUGCUACUCGCUAUCAGCUCCUGCGCGCAGUUGCCUUGACGGUUGGCCUGGGCUUCAAGGUCUGCAAGCGUCUAACUACCCGAUCCCGAUAGCGGACGGGUCCCGGAGCUGGAGGUCAGACAAAGGUCGUGUAUCACAUAAUCUUCGAUUCCUGAACUGCAAUCAUAGAAGCAUCGCCCCUACGGCAGUCCUAUAAUCAACCUCACUGUAACCAUUUCCAUGUUAUCGAAUCGAUAGGCUCUAUCGUCGGCCUUGCUCUCGCACGACCGCAUUAAGCUGUAACCGAUCCCCGCAUCCCGUCAUCGUCGGCCCAGAUAUACUACAACUCGGUCGACUGUCGCCUGACGCUCCGCUUUGUAUCAUCCUUCAAUAUUAUGCAAAUUGAAUAUAUAUCAUAAUGUCGCCCUUCGUAAGGGCCCUCCCUACCGCUCGUUGCUGUCUUUGCCAUCUCUCGCGCUGUGCCCCACGACCGGUACUUAUUACGACACGUUGCGUAUCCUCCUACAACUCUCGACUACGACAACAACAUCGUUAUAUAUCAGGCUCCCCUAUAGCUUCACGACGAAACAACGACUUCAAUUCAGGCUUCAGUAGCAGUUAUGACCCAUCAGUCGAUGCGGGGCGUGGCCCCAUGUUCAACAAGACCAACUUUGGCGUACCACAAUUCUACCCACGCGAUCUCAAGAAAAGGGUAGACGACUAUGUUGUUGGCCAGGACCGGGCCAAGAAGACAAUAUGCGCAACUAUCUUCAACCACUACCAGAAUCUACGACGAAGACACCAACAUGAACACGAAGACCGGAAUAGGCGGGAUAAGGCGAUGCGCCAGAGGUUUGCGAGAGACAGAGAACUGCAUCAGAAACGUCGUGAGAUGCACCCUGUCGAAGGUCAGCGUGUACAUGGUUCCGUCCCUGAGCGCUACGCUGCUGAUACUCUUGAAGAUGAGUUCCCGGGCCAUAAUGAGUCGGUCCGUGGGCUUCACGAUAAUCACGAAUUCGAUGACGACCCAAUGGAUCAUCUCUAUGUUGCAGAGGAUAUAACAGUUCCCGAUCACGUCAAGAUAGACAAGAGUAAUCUCCUUCUGGUCGGUCCCACGGGUGUUGGCAAAACUUACAUACUAGAAACACUAAGCAAAAGGAUAAACGUACCCUUUUCAAUUUGUGACUGCAACUCCUUCACUCAGGCUGGAUACAUAGGACAGGACGUUGAGACCUGCAUUGAGCGACUCCUUAUCGAAGCCAAUUAUGACAUCAAGGCAACAGAGCACGGUAUUGUUGUCCUAGAUGAAUUCGACAAGAUUGCAAGGCGAGAAACGACUACUGGUCGGGAUGUUGGGGGCGAAGGUGUUCAGCAAGCGCUGCUGAAGCUCGUUGAGGGAACAAAAGUCACCAUCAAUGUCAAGGACAACCGCUCAUCCCGAUCUACGUCACCUAUUACGACGAACUAUAGCGCAUCCGGGCCAUCUUCCUCGACUCCUCAGGCAGCUCCUCCCGGUAGCAAGGUUGACCAGUAUACUAUUGACACUACUAACAUCCUCUUUGUGUUCUGUGGCGCCUUUGUCGGGCUAGACAAGGCUGUCCUGAAGAGAGUCGCAAGACCGACGAUGGGAUUCGGCGGAGAGCUCCGGGGUCGCUCAUCUAUGUCGGGCAACAAGCAAACUCUACCGGCAGAAACAUAUACGCAUUUGCCUCACCACAACCCUCAAUCAGCUUCAUCGUUCACGCCGUUGGAUCUUACCACUCCUGCUGAUCUCCAAAGCUUCGGGUUCAUUCCUGAGUUGAUAGGGCGUCUGCACAAUAUCUGUGCUCUUAGUCCUCUUUCUAAGGAAGAUCUCUUGCGUAUUCUGACCGAACCCAGAAACAGCCUUGUUGCUCAGUAUACCGCUCUUUUUGAGACUUACCCUUCGCGACUAUUCUUCACAGAGAAAUCGUUAUAUGCUAUCGCGGAGCGAGCUGCUGCUUCAGAAACAGGAGCUCGAGGUCUCAAGAUGGAAAUGGAGCGUAUCCUAGCAGAACCCAUGUUUGACGCUCCGAUGCCUUACGUACUCAUUACUGAGGCAUGCGUGAAGGGAACGGAGAAGGCAGGAUACUGGGGCAAGGAUGGCCGGUUUGAGGUGGACAGAAGAAUGCAGGCAGAAGAGAUGAACCCGCCCAAGGGGAAACCAGAGAACACAUUUGAAAAGUAUCGAGAAGCAGGACAAAGCGGUGGCUAAGUAUCGUCUUCAACAUUAUUGGGAACGAGGCGUAUUGGAGCAAUUACUAUUUUGAUUAACUGGAUUUAA